UUUUUUUUGAAUUAUUUUUGAAAUUUUUUGAAUCAUUUUUAUUUAUUUUUUUUUUGGGGAACUAUUGAUGAUGUAAUUGAAAAAUCUCAUUAAACAAUGACUUAACAUCACUUCCUGGUAGUACCAGAAAACGUGGGAAGGAUGUACAAACUAAAUUUGGGGGGGAAGACGAAAGCGUAUCGGAGUAAAGAGGGGGGAAGUACUCGAGAUCGAAAUAUUCACCGAACCGGGGUUCAGGGCAAAGUGGGAAACCGGCCCGGUAGCAUUGCGAAUAGUGAAAUAGAAACACGCGUUCGGUCCUUGAAACGCAUUAUUUUAUUUGCAUCACCAGUGUAUUAUUUUUUAAGUGUCAUCAAUUUUUAUUUUAAAUUAAUUAAUCGUUGUGCUACAUGUGUCAUGGGGAUUAUGGGUGUACUGAAAUGGCUACGAAAAGAAGGAGGCCGAGAUCAACAGAGAUGGAGCAUGUCACCAGAACUUAGUCGUCUGAAUAACGAAGCGUCUCGAAUUAAGGCAAUCAGGGCAUUUAUGGAUCGACGAAAAAGUGAAAAUGAGUCAAAUAAUUGUUUACUAAUUUCCAAUCCAGACAAAGAAUUCAAUUACAAAACAUUUGUUAAAAAAAUUAAUCAAAGCAAAAAUACUAAGGAUGUAAAUUGCGUGAUUCCUGGUGUACCACAUGUGAAAUUUUCGGAAUUUUUUGAAGUCGGAUGGGUGGCAGGAACAGAGGAUCGUUAUUUGGAGUAUGUCUAUGCCGAAUGGGAUAACACAAAAGUUUCCCUGAAAAAACACACGCAUCCUGAUUGCAAAAAAGCAAUUAGAGCAGAUCUGUCUGUUCUUACGGAAAUUCGUCAUCCUAACAUUGUUCUUCUCAUAGCAACUUCAUUUAUAGAAGGUCAUGGACUAGUGUCAAUUUUCGAAUCUUUAAAUUGCACUAUUUACAAUUAUGUUCAUGAAAAGGAAGAACGAAUUUCCGUUCAGGAAACUAUCAGAUGUAUUCGAAAACUCGCCGAAGCUCUUGGAUUUGCUCAUAUGCGAGGAUUUAUUCACGGUGCUAUUAGUUCACAUUGUGUUUUUCUGGCAUCAGGAAUCAUCAAAUUGGGAGGAUGGGAAUUAACAACGAAAAAAAAUGAGCCAAAAGAAGAUCAGGAAUUUGAAAAUCUCCUCAGAGCUGAAAUUUUCAGAUGGCAAGCGCCUGAAUUAUUUAGUGGUCAAAUUCCAACAGAGGCCACCGACGUAUAUGGACUUUCUCUAUUAAUAUGGGAAAUGACAACAAUGCAAUUGCCGUGGAAUGGAUUAAUAAAAACGGACAUUGAGAAACAAUACAUGCACUGGAAGCAGGGAAUUCCGAUAGAUCUCUACAAUUUUCCAUCAUUGCUCAGCAAAUUAUUGGAAACUGGACUUGAAAUCGAUGUUACAAAAAGAACUUCAUCCAUGAAUCAAAUGCACAAAAUGCUACAGAGAGUUGAGUUGCAAUAUGAGUCUGAAGCUCCAAUUUACGCCGAUCAAUUAGCAAUGAACAAUAAUACGCCAAAUAUAAAAACAUUUAAUCUACCAGAUAAUAAUACACCAGUAAAAAAAUGUUCUGCGAGUUCUUCAGCAUCGUCAUCUUCAUCAGACAAUCGUCAAUCAAUUACAAGAACACCAGUUGUCAAUCAAAAUAAUCUUAACAAAAAAGUGAGAAGAUCAAAUUCAAAACGAGAUUCGAUUGUCAAUGAAAGUGAGAAAAAAACCGAGAGUAAUGAUUCCGUCUAUAAUAUUAAAAAAUGUAUUGAAUUAUUUUUGGAAAUGGAACGAUUACAUACUAGUAUUGAAACGCAAGAGGAUCUGUGGGUAUUGUAUAAUUAUUAUGAACAACAAAAGCAAAAUUCUGAAACACAAAGUUCAAUCAUAAGUAUUGUGAAUGAAUCAGAGAAAAGUAAUUCCACAAGUGAGGAGCGUAUUUCUAGUAUUAUUUAUGGUUCCACAUCAUCGAGAACAAUAGAAUCGUCUGAUGAUGAUUUUAAUGAGACUCGAAAUGACAUUAAAAAAUUAAAAGAAUCAUUGGCAAAUAAACGAGAACUUUUCUUCUACGGUGAUAAUUGUCAGCAAUCUAACACAAGUAUCGAGAACAAAAAUAUAGAACUCAAUACUGUCAAGAAUAAAAGUUAUGAACCACAUAAGCCUGCUAGUCAUAAAACGAGUUUCGAACCAAAAUUACACAAAACUUUACAGCCAGAAUUAAUAUUAACUAAACCAAUUAAAGACAAAGAGAAUACAUUUGAUCAUUCUUGUAUCUCAUCAAUAAUUAAAGAUGCUGUUAUUAAUCCACAACUCGUGAAUGCUAAUCACGAUAAUGUUUUUGAAUCGUCACUAUGGAGAAAAGAAAAAAUGAUUGUCAUGUCGAAAAUGAGAAAAAGUUUUACCGAUAAUAAUAUGGUCACCUAUUCUCAAGAUUUGAAACGCGAAAUCUCGCAAAAUGAUGAAAAAAAUUCGAAAUCCAUGGAAAAUAACACCUUCAUUAUAAAUGAUGCAUCAAUUCAAAAACUCCAAUCAAAUUUUGACACAAAUAACUUUAAAUCAUCAUUAGAACAUAAAAUUGACGAACAUAUCUUUAAAGUACCAGAACUUCCAAAAAAUAUUACGAAAAAAAUUAAAAAUAUUGAAAAAUCAGAACAGAAAUUAGAAUCGAAACUUAAUGAAAACAUUUUUGAAAUAACAAAUGAAAAAUAUGACAAAAACAUAUCUAAAUUAUCCGAGGAUAGUCAAAGUGAAAGGAAAAUUGUAAACGACUAUCAUGAUCAAAAAUUUGUCAACAACUACAACAUGGAUUUACUCAAUGAAAGAUUCAUUGAAGACAUUACUUUAGACGAAUCUGAUAAGAAAUUAAUUAAUAAAAAUAACGAUUUAAAUAAAUCCAUUGAGAAAUUCACCGACGAAAUCACUUUACCAACGAUCAAUAAUCAAUUUUCUCACAACUAUCAAGAUUCUGAUAAUAAAUCAUUAAAAGCAUUGAAACAAGCUUUAGAUCGUGCCACAGAAAUAAUUUGUCCAUCUGUUGAAAAUUCAUUACGUUUAUCAUCGCACAAGACAUUUGAUGAUUGUCAAUUGACAAAUGAAGAUAUGGAAAAACGUGAAACUUUAUUUGAAAAUGUUGCAUUUAAUAUUCACAAUAAUGAUCCAGAAUCUGAGAUUAAAAGUAUUGAGAAAUAUGAUUAUCGAGAAAAUCAAUCGAAUACAUAUAAAAUAAAAAGACCAAAUGCAUUUAAUUUGAGUGAAUUAAGAUCAACAUGUGAUGGUGAAUUUGAACAUACCUUAAAUACUGAUGAGGAAAAAGAAAAUGAUGAUAAUUUGACAUUAUUGCUCUUUAGCGGUAAAAAUCAAGAUAAAGAAUGUAAUUCUUGCCAUCACACAACAGCACUAGCAAGAAGAAGAUCUUUACCCGCUGCUUUAGGACAAUUAAAAGCAUACACAAAAAUGCCCGCUGGAAAAUUAUCAACACUAAAGGCUAAUCCUUCAGACACCACAUUUGAGGAUUUGUACAUUGACGACGAGUUUGGCGAAAGUCUCAACGUAAAUAUGGUCCUUUUGGAAAAUGAAAAUCUCCUCGACCAGGAUAUUCUGCCAGAUUUAUUAGAGUUAUCGCAUAAUUCCUUAUUUAAUCGAUAAAAUUAUUAAUUGAUAAAAAAGAAACUCCAUUAUUAUUUAUUAUUUCUUUUGUUUUUUUUUUUGUUGAGAAAUUGUGAUUUACAAGACGAGUAAUGUCUUAAUUAAUUCCAAAAAAAAAUUUGGAAACAAAUUUUGUGAGCAAUGAUAAAAAGAGAAUGAAAGAAGUUCUUAUUUAAAAGUAAUUGAGUCAGUUACCAUUAUUUAUUUUUUAAUUUUAUACUAUCCAUUUAUAUAUGAUGUAAUUUUAUACAAAAAAAAAGCUUUUUAUAAUUUAAGAAAAUUCCUUUUUUAUAACUGACUUAAGUUACAUUUAAUUUUCAACUUUAUUUAUUUUAAAAGAAAAAACAAAAGAAAGAACAUAUUUUCUAUUGUAAGAAUUUAUAAAUGAUUAAAUAAAAUCAUAUAAUUUCAUUUAAUUAAAAAACUAAAAAUUUUAUGAUAGUGAACUAUUUUUUAUGCAAUAUAAAAAUGUUAUUAGGAAAUGAAAAAUAAUUCCUUCGAAAAUGCUCCAAGAUAAUCGGCAAAAAAAUUGAGACAGUAAUAAACUGUAACGAUUUAGUUGCGAAAUAUUAAAUAUCAACUAAAUUAUUCUGAUUGUGCAACAGUAAAUAAAAGUGUACUUUUAAAAUAAUAAUAAA